CCAAUAGGCUUCCACGCCAAGUGAGCAUUGCAUUUUCGUUCACUCAAAAACUCAGAAGACUCGUCAAAAUGCUGCUUUUCCUCUCUCCCUCUAUCUCAUUACAAAACAUGGACACCAUCGUCUCCAAUUCCGCAUUACUAUUCAUACCACCGCUCCCUCCAGUCCGUACAGUUACUUCAAACUCUUACUCGCCAACCACUUCUGCCCUCGCGCUCUCAUCGAAGAAGCUCUUCUCCGGCUUCUUCUACAGCUCUGGAAGCCAGAGAAGGCAACUGGGUCUUCGUAAUUCUUCUUCUUCUGCUCGUACGGUUCCUAAGUUUACAGUUGCUUCCGGUGGUGGUAUUCAGCAAAUUAACGAAACCCAGUUCCAGGAUACCGUUCUGAACUCGGACCGUCCGGUUCUCGUCGAGUUCGUCGCCAAUUGGUGUGGUCCUUGCCGCUUAAUCUCUCCUGCUAUGGAAUGGGUCGCUCAGGAAUACAGAGACAGGUUAACAGUUGUUAAGAUUGAUCAUGAUGCAAACCCAAAACUGAUUGAAGAGUACAAAGUUUAUGGGUUGCCAGCUUUGAUUCUCUUUACGAAUGGACAGGAAGUUCCAGAAAGUAGGAGAGAAGGAGCAAUUACAAAAGUGAAGCUGAAAGAGUAUGUGGAUGCUUUAUUGGAGUCAGUAUCAGUUGCAUAGUUGCACUUCCAUUUGGAUAAGCAGAGGUGCCAAUUCCAUCAGCUUCAACUUGUGUGUAAUAUCAAUACUCCCUUCCCAUUUGUUUUUAUUUUUUAUUUUUAGUGUAUUAUACUUGGCAUUCAAUUGUAUAAUUUGAGCUGUAAAUUUCCGAAAAUUAUCAUUAGACUAGCUCUGUUGAUUUACUCCUCAUCUGGACUGGAGUAUGCUUCAUGGAGCACGUAAAUGUAAAAGAUAGUAUUUUGGUUGUCAAAAUGAACACUAGAAUGUAAUCAAGAAAUGAAACCAAAUGUGGUGUAGAGAAAAUUAUGGACUAAAUAGAAAUAAUUUAUAAA